AUGUAUCAUAACCUAAAAUCGGAAUAUUGGUGGCCAGGCAUGAAGAGAGAAAUAGCAAAGUAUGUUUCAGCCUGUGUGACGUGCUCUCAAGUCAAAGCUGAUCAUCAAAAGCCCUAUGGAGAAUUGCAGCAACCUGAGAUACCUGAAUGGAAGUGGGAUAAGGUCACAAUGGAUUUUGUCACAAAACUACCGAGGACUUCUCGCGGUAACGAUAUGAUAUGGGUGAUCAUUGACCGGUUGACCAAAAGUGCUCACUUUUUGGCAACCAAGGAAAAGGAAAAGUUGGAGGAAUUAGCAAAGCUUAAUGUUAAUGAGGUGGUCACAAGGUGUCGUACGCCUACUUGUUGGCUUGAGCCCGGGGAAAAACAAUUCGCGAGUUCAGAGAUUGUUCAGAUUACAGAGGAUAAGGUGAAAAUAGCUAGAGAUCGCUUGCGAGUGGCUCGAGAAAGACAAAAGAAGUAUUCAGACAAGAAGCAUCGACCGAAGACCUUCGAGGUGGGAGAAAAAGUGAUGUUGAAAGUCUCACCUUGGAAAGGCAUCAUUCGAUUUGGGAAGCGAGGUAAGUUGGGACCUCGUUACAUUGGUCCACUUAUUGUGUCGGCGCGGAUCGGAGAGCAGGCUUACAAGUUGAAGCUACCACCGGAGCAGGAGGGAAUACAUGAUGUAUUCCAUGUUUGUUACCUCCGAAAAUGCUUAGCGGAAGAGCCGAGUAUCUUACCGUUGGACGAGCUGCGAGUGGAUGAGUCGAAGCGGUUAGUGGAGAAACCGGUGGCUAUUCUGGAGCGGGAGACUAAACAACUACGUAAGAAGAGGGUCAAGCUUGUUAAGGUUCAGUGGAAGAACAAACAUGGUGGUGAUAUGACUUGGGAAGUUGAAGAUGACAUGAGAGCGCGUUAUCCUUGUUUGUUCGUGCUGAUACCUGAUUCCGGGACGGAAUCCUCUUAA